GACAGAACUACGUACCUGAGGAUGGCAGGUAAAGACCCAGCUAAGAUGUGGGCAAUUCGUGGCACUAUGAAAAAGGUGCAAGGUGUCCCAUUACUGGAGCCCAUAGUCACACACUGGAAAAGGGUGGAGACGUUCAGAGCGUUCCCUGAAGAUGUGCUCAUUGCUACGUACCCCAAGGCAGGAACUACAUGGAUCCAGGAGAUAGUGGAUUUGAUUUUUAACCACGGAGAUGCGGAGAAAGCCAGACGUGCUCCACUUCAUAUCCGCAUGCCAUUCCUGGAGAUGACUGCACCAGAUCCCACUUUUUCUGGGAUUACACUUUUGGAGAAAAUGCAGCCUCCUCGCAUCAUCAAGACUCACCUUCCCAUUCAGCUCAUUCCUAACACAUUCUGGGAGGCUGGAUGCAAGGUGAUCUAUGUAGCUCGCAAUCCCAAAGACACUGUGGUGUCUUAUUUUAAUUUUGAGCGGAUGAAUCUGAUUACUCCGGAGCCCGGACCCUGGCCACAGUACCUGGACAAAUUCAUGAAAGGACAAUUGGGCUGGGGUUCUUGGUCUGACCAUGUAAAAGGCUACUGGAGAGAGAAGGAAAGGAAGCAAAUUCUCUACCUUUUCUAUGAGGACAUGAAGGAGACUCCUGCCAAAGGGAUCCGUCAAAUUGCUGACUUCCUUGGUCAGCAACUGUCUGAGGACAUUGUCAGCAACAUUGUGCAGAUGACAACAUUUGCUGCCAUGCGGGAAAACCCCAUGGCCAACUACUCGACCGUUCCAGACACCAUCUUCGAUCGAAAGGCAUCAGACUUCCUCAGAAAAGGGGAAGUUGGCGACUGGCAGAACCAUUUCAGUCCAGAGGAAAAUGCAGCGUUUGAAGAGCAUUACAUUAAAGCGAUGGCUGGUUGCAACAUUCCAUUUCGCUUCUCGCUUCCUGAACAGUAGCACAUUUUAAAAUCCAUACUUUUUGAAAAGAGCAACAAAAUCAGUACUUGGAAAGUUUGUACAUAUUGUGUAUAUUACUGAGAUGUUACUGAAAAAAGUUACUUAUUAACUGGAGACUGCACUUGAUGCAAAAGGAAUCAUUUAAAAGGCUGUUUGAGCUGUACACUUAAUAAUGUAUGCAAUAGAUGCAAUAGAUAGAUAGAUUGUGUGAUAGAUACUUUAUUCAUCCCGAAGGAAAUUCACAAUACUAUGAUGUGGUGCUAUACUUUGUGUGGCAUUUUUUGCCUUUGAUGUGCUUUUGUAUGAUUUGAAAUG